AUGUUGAACCCUUACGACCGACCAUUUGAGAUAUCUUAUAAUACGGAGAGUGGCUUUAGUCUGCGAUGUUUGAGUUGGGUGAGCGAGGUUGAUACUAUGAGGAUUGUGGCCCCGCCAGAGGAUCCGGCGGCUGAAGACAUUGUAUUCAGGCCCAUCAAAGAACGCGUUGACACGGAAGAGACCUUCGAGUUUCUGAGGUCCCAUAUCAAGGAAUGUUACGAAACGCAUUAUCACCAAGGAACCUGCCCUCCACCAACAGGCGACUUUGCGCCUCGACGGGUAAUCCGCAUCGAUGGAUCGACAAAUCCACCAAGCCUUCGACUUUAUGCUCCAGAGGCUGGUGAAGACAUUCGGUGGUGCGCUCUCAGCUACUGUUGGGGUGGACAGAACCAGAGCGUCAUGACCACCAUUGCCACAAUUCAAGAAAGAUACGAUGGUAUCGAGUUUAGAAGCCUUCCAAAGACGCUGCAGGAUUCCAUCGCUACAACGCAUCGUCUCGGGAUCCAGUACAUUUGGAUAGACAGCCUUUGCAUUGUGCAAGACGACAGCAACGAGAAGGCCCAAGACAUUGCCCAGAUGGGCGAAGUCUACAAUCAAGCAUACAUCACACUAUCAGCGUCAAGCGCCGCGACCGUUACAGAAGGGUUUCUUCAAACUCGUUCCAUACCUCAGCCUUUGGACCCAAUCGCUCUUCGAUACGUCAAUGAAUCUGGGGCUGAGGGGACCAUCAUUGCGACUUCAGAGCCAAUCCCUGAAGGUAUGCCUGAUCCGAUCAAUUCAAGGGCAUGGACCUUUCAGGAGCGUGUCUUAUCACCAAGACUUGUGGAAUUUUCCUCCACCCAAGUCCGUUGGAGAUGUAACUCGGUUGAGAGAUGCGACUCUGGGUGUCCGCCUAGAACGACCUGGAAGGUACACUUUAAGACUAGCUGGAUCGUUGACGGCACAAGUAACUCUUCGGGCACUUUAAUGGACAUUCAGAAACAAUGGAACCAUCUUGUCACAGCUUACUCGCAACGAAAUUUGACAUAUCCCGCGGACAAGCUUAUCGCUUUCUCAGCCAUCCCCAAGACCCUUGGGAGACCUGGGAGAUACCUAGCCGGACUCUGGGAAACAGAUUUGCCAUGCAAUCUCCUGUGGAAAGUCACUCAUCUUUGGUUCCCAUCGUCUGGAACCGUCGACAAGCGAAAAGCCAAAAUCGAAACCUAUCGUGCACCUUCAUGGUCAUGGGCCUCGGUUGAUGGAGAGGUUGAAUGCAAGCUUGGUGUCGAGUCAUCAAUACCUGAACCUGCUUGCGAAGUUCUGGAUGUGCAAGUCGACUUGGCCAACGACGAUGCAUCGUUUGGUGCCGUGGUUUCUGGAUAUAUCAUCAUCAGGGGCAAUACGAGACACGCUGUGUUCUAUCCUUUAACGAGUGAGCUGUUCUUCUACCAACCUAGAACGGAAGAGGGAGAUAAAGAACGCCAGACAGCCAGAUAUGAAGGGUUUACCGAUUGCAAACCAGAUGAGGAUACGGCAGCUGCCGAGAAUCCAUCAGUCAAUGUGUGUUGUCUGCAUAUACGGAACUUUGGAGGUCGCGGAGAGGGCCUGCUUCUCAUCGAGGAUGUUGAGGGCAAUUUGUUUCGGCGUAUCGGACACUUUUACUGGAAUUUGGAAGACUUGGGGGAUUCAUUUGAGCAUGCGGAAAAGGCACAAGUCAAGAUCGGGUAA